UUCAGCUCCCCGCCCAUUCCCCACUCUGUUCAAAUAAUGAAUCUGACCUAAAAGGCUACUCGCGCUCUCUUCUUACACCCAGACUGACUCUAGCUUUCCGUUCUCCUAAAAGCCGCUUCCCUUCCCGUUUUCCAUCGCCGAUCCGUUCUCAACCGGCAAUGCCUCGCAAGCGCGCCGCCGCAUCAGUGGAGAAGCUGGAGAGUCGGAUGGAAGAAAAUAUUGAUUUCGUCGCAGAUGAAGGAAAAGUCAGCACGACGAGGAAGCCGAAGCGAGCUAAAAAGGCGGAGGCAGAGAAAGUGGUUCCGGUCAAUGAAAAGGAGGAAAACUCUACAGUUGAAAACAUACCUCUUUUGAAGAAGUCAAUGUCUCAAAUGGACGGCGACAGCGAAUCUCAUGCCAGAUUUAUUGGGGCUCCUGUACCUGCGCAGGAAGCUAAACUACGGUGGCCGGAAAGAUACCAGGGACAGAAGAAGAAAGUAGCAGGUUCCAAAACUUCGAGCAACGGGGAUGAUUGUGAAGAGACGAUUCAAGCAAGGCAUCACUUUCUAAAGGCAGAGGUUGAUGAGCGUGUCUACGUACUUCAUGAUGAUGCACAUGUGAAAGCUGGAGAGGGCCAAGACCACUUCAUUUGUAAGAUAAUUGAAUUAUUUGAAUCCAUAGAUGGGACCCCUUACUUUACAGCUCAGUGGUAUUACAGAGGACAAGACACUGUGAUAAGUGAUGCAUAUUCCCUUGAUAAGAAACGCGUCUUUUUUUCGGAGAUUCAGGAUGUGAAUCCAUUGGAAUGUCUUGUUGAGAAAAUAAAGAUUGUGAGGCUAUCACUAAAUGAGGAAUCACAUAUAAAGGAGGCAGCAGUUCAGGAGUGCAAUUAUUAUUGCAACAUGCUCUACUUGCUUCCAUACUCGACAUAUGAAAAGUUGCCACAAGAAAAUUCAGGAUCUGGCAGUGAGGCAUCAUCCACAAUUUCAACAGAUGACGAAAACGGAGAUGGCCAAGUUGAUUGUGGAAAAUCUAAUGUGACACUAUUAGAUUUGUACAGUGGUUGUGGUGGUAUGUCAACAGGCCUUUGCCUUGGUGCUAAUAUGUCCAAUCUGAAUCUUGUCACCAAAUGGGCAAUUGACGUAAACCCUUAUGCGUGUGAAAGUCUUAAGUUGAACCACCCAGAAACUGAGGUGAGGAAUGAAUCUGUGGAAGACUUUUUGACAUUGCUGAAGGAGUGGGAAAAACUCUGCAUUAGAUUUUCUUUGAUUGUGAGCAAUGUUCCAGAAAAAGUAAAACCAUAUCCUUUUGACAUGGAAGAGAGUGAUGAAGAUGGAGAGGAUGAAUGUAGUAAUGAUGGUGGUGGUAAGAGUGAUGAAGAGAUCUUUGAAGUUGAAAAGAUACUUGCAGUGUGCUAUGGUGACCCAAAAAAGAAAAAGGAACCUGGACUCUAUUUUAAGGUUCAUUGGAAGGGUUAUGGGGAGGAUGAAGACUCUUGGGAGCCAAUCGAGGGGCUAGGGAAUUGCCGUGAGCGUAUAGAGAAAUUUGUUCGGAAUGGAUUCGAGUCGAAAAUCUUACCAUUGCCUGGGCAUGUAGAUAUGAUUUGUGGUGGACCUCCUUGUCAGGGUGUAAGUGGUUUCAACCGCUUUAGAAACAAAGAUGAUCCUUUAGCAGAUGAGAAAAACAAACAACUUGAUGUUUUUAUGAAUGUUGUGGGAUAUCUUAAGCCAAAAUUUGUUCUGAUGGAGAAUGUGGUUGAUCUUGUAAAAUUUUCCCAUGGAUUUCUUGGGCGAUAUGCCUUGGGAAGGCUCAUCGACAAUAAUUAUCAAGUUCGGAUGGGAAUGAUGGCAGCGGGAGCAUAUGGACUUCCUCAAUUUCGAAUGCGUGUUUUUGUCUGGGGUGCUUGUGCUACAGAGAAGUUACCUCAAUAUCCACUUCCAACGCAUGAUGUUGUGAUGAGAGGUGUCAUCCCAACUGAGUUUGAGAUGAAUACAGUUGCAUAUGAUGAAGGAUGCACCCCCCAAUUGGAGAGGAAACUCCUAUUAGAAGAUGCAAUAUCUGAUCUUCCUUCAGUUGAGAAUAACGAGCAUCGGGACGAAAUACCAUAUGGAGAGGAUCCCAAAACUGAAUUCCAGCGCUUCAUUAGAUUAAGAAAGCAUGAAUUGUUUGGAUCCUUGCAUGAAAUUGAACCAUCGGAGAUGUUGCUCUAUGAUCAUCGUCCUCUUGAGUUGAAUAGUGAUGACUAUCAACGUGUUUGUAGGAUUCCAAAGAAAAAGGGAGCAAAUUUCAGAGAUUUACCCGGUGUUUGCCUUGGUUCUGAUAAAAAAGUUUUCUUUGACCCCGAAAUAGAGAGGGUCUAUUUAGACUCCGGGAAACCUUUGGUACCUUCCUACGCCAUGAGUUUUGUGAGGGGCACUUCAUCUAAGCCAUUCGCUCGUCUUUGGUGGGAUGAGACUGUCCCAACUGUGGUUACAAGAGCUGAGCCACAUAAUCAGAAAAUUGUGCAUCCCGAGCAAGAUCGCGUCUUAACAAUUCGGGAAAAUGCCCGGCUUCAAGGUUUCCCUGAUUAUUAUAAGCUUUGUGGGCCAAUAAAGGAAAGGUACAUACAAGUAGGAAAUGCUGUUGCAGUUCCAGUUGCUCGUGCCUUGGGUUAUGCUCUUGGCCAAAGAUUUGUUAGUGAUAAAGGACCUUUAUUUACCCUUCCCCCUAAAUUUCCAAAUAUAGAUAGGAUUAUCCAAGCUUCAUCUGAAGAUGAUGCUUGAUUGUUCAAUUAAUGUUGUAGAAUGACCAUUAAUUUAUUCAACAACAAACUAGUGCUACAAUAUUUGAAUUGAAAUGAAAGUAUUGAGGCCUCGAAUACUUUGAACUAUCUACAUAA